UGUCAGACAUCGUUUGUUCGUUUAAACGUGUUAGGUGUUCCCGCGUAAACUAGUUUUGUUCUUAAAAUGGCCUUUAGGGUAACUAAGGUAUUAACGGCGUUGUGCCUAGUAUGUUUAUUUUUGCAAGUGGAAAGUUCAUUUAUUAAGCCAAAUAAUGUACCGAGGGUCGGCAGAAGCAAUGAAGCUAUUAGCCCAUUCGAUCAAGGAAUGAUGGGGUAUGUGAUUAAAACUAAUAAAAAUAUACCGCGCAUGGGAAGAAGAAACUAUGAUUCGGAAAAUCGUUUCGAUAUUCCAAAGCUUUACCCAUGGCGUGCCGAAAAUACAGAACUAUAUGAAGAUGACGCACAGCCGACAAAUGGUGAAGAAAUCAAUGGUUUCUAUGGGAAACAACGAGAAAAUAUGAAACGAUGAUUAUAUUCUGGAACGAUGAAUAUUAGUUUACGGCAGUCAAAUCAAAUGUUUUUCCCUGUACUUAAAUAAUUUCUAGUCAUUUAUUUUAUAAAAUAAACAGAUGCAUGCGUUAUACUC